AUGGAUACAGUGAAGAUGGAAAGAUCUUAUGGCGAGAUACAAGAUUAUCAUCCUUCAAGAGGUAAUGGGUAAGUAUAAACCCGUAUAAAUUGUUAGGUAUCUAUUUAUAUUUAGGAAAUAUAAUAUUAUAGUUAUUUUAUUUCUAUACUUUUUAAAGUAAAUUGGUAAAUUGGUUAUAAUUAAAUGUUAUAAUUUUAUUGAAUAUUGAUGGUGCAUAUUAUUUUAUAAAACGGAAAAUGAUACUUUAUUAGGUAAUCAUAAUGAAUUAUUACUAUAUUUUUAAUUAUGAUAGAUACCUAAUUUAUCUAAUAAUUCAAUACAUAAUACACAAUUCAAGGUAAACGAUAUAUUACAAUACACAAACCAACGUAUUAUAUUAUAUGUUAAAUUUCUUUAUCUAUAUAAAUCCACGUUACCGGUAGAGUUUUACAAUUCAUUUUGUUACACUAAAAUAACAGCAUAAAAAUUUAUCAGUAACUUUUGAAAUAUUUUCAAUGAUUUAAAUACCUACUUAUAUCAGCUAUGUCACGGAAUUUUAUAUCUAUAUUAUAUUUUCAUAAAGUAAAAAGUGAACUACACAUAUAUAUAUAUAAAUAACAAAUAACUACCAACCUAUCUAAUAAACACUGCACCGUUUCAAUUAAAUUAAAUCCGAAUGUUUGCAAACAAAAUGAAAUAAACAAUCUUAUAAAUUUACAUUGAUCGUUAUUUACACCAGGGGCGAUAAACUAUAAACCAUUCAAGUGUAUAAUUAUAUUAUUUGUGUUUUUAUUUUGCAGUUUAGGAUUUGGCCUAGAACCAUCGACGUUAAUAUCAAUGUUGGCGUUCCUCGCAUUUCUCCUACACGCACUUUUAAUACUACUCAUACCAACGUUGAAAUCGUUUUUUUCCGGACCAUUGUUCGGCUAUGGAUACUCCAAUAAUGCGGGGAUCGGUUACGGUAACGGAUUUGCCGGUGGAUACGGCGGGGGUCCCGGAACGGGAGGUGGUUUCGGCGGACACGGGGGAUAUGGCACCGCCGGCAUCGGUGGUUUUGGAUAUGGAGCCGUACCAGCCAUAUUAGGCGGAGUAAACGGCAUUUUAGGCACAGGACUUUUGGGUACGACAGGCUUGUUGGGCACAGGAUUGUCUGGAUUGUUCGGUCCCGGGGUCGGUACAAUAGGCGCAGCGCCUGUUGCGUCCGCUGCCACAGGAGGGACAUCGAUUACUCGCGUGAGAAGUCGGACGGAUGACGAUGAAAACCGGAGAAAACAGCUACCAGUUAACAAACAAGUGAGACAACUUUUUUGUCGUACUAUAGUUCUAGAUGUAUUAGUUCUAUUUCUUAUCUGAUUAGCAACUUCUUGAGCAGCUUUUAAAAGAUCUUCUAUUUCAACAUCUACAUUUUGAUAAUGGAUUUUUACGAUUCUAA